GUUAUAAGUGGGAAGACAUUGAGCGGAAAGGACAAAUGAUUCUGCCCGCACUGCAGGUGCCAGAUUCCCACAUUGCUCAGUGGGCCACGCCAACGGGCUGAACGCAGGCGUAUCUACAGUAAGUCAACAGUUGCAUAACCGCCCACUUGUUAUGCACGUGAACUUGUAUAAAUGCCAAGAGGAAACAACGGGAGCAGACAUUUGGAGCCGCUCGCGCCUCAGGAUGGAUAACGGCCACUGGAAACCCGCCCUCGUCCUUGUUGUGGUGUUGCUCAGCACGUAUGUGGAAGCUUCGUAUUCCCAGCACAUGGAUGACUUCAUCAAUGCGGUGAGACGGGUGGAGGACGGCGAUCAUGGGUCAGAUCCAUUAUCUGUGUUGAGGAGGCUGCGCAUGGCCGCCGGUCUCAAUGACGCAUUCAUUGGGCACUUCCUUGGCAACGCAGUUGGUCCCGAAGUGGACGCGAGCCUCUCGGGUUACCUCAGCAAGGCUGUGCAUCACAGGGUGACGGAGGACGCCAAGGAGGAAGGCGUUGUCCUUACGCCCGAUGGCACCACCGUUGCCCUCGCGCCGCUCCUCCUGGGCAUCGAGGCCGGUUUCCUCGCCAAGACGGAGGGCCGCGUGCGGGGCCUGUACCAGCUCACUCUGGCCAAAGACCUGGACAGCUCUCCUCUUCUGGGACCCGACGGCUGCUGGGACAGCGUCACCUCCCCUCAAGUCUUCACCCUCAUGGGCAGCCCCUCUGCGCUAACCACCGCUCGGGUCAACGGAGGCAUGGACGGAGUGGUUCUGGGGAUGGAGGUCUCCACCAAAGGUAGACGCCCUCUCACGCUCAGCGGCCUUCUGUCGGAGUACUACUGCGGCCAGCUGGAGAGCGAAGGCCUGGACACCGCCCCGCGCCUCAUCAGCCGGCGCCGCAGGGAGAACUUCAGGGGGCUGGUCUCCCCUCCAGUGCUGGCCAGACAGGUUGUGAAAGCGGUGGAGCUGCGGAGGACACUGACGGGGCGCUCGAAGAUGGAAGUGAAGGAGAAGAAGCAGCUGGUGGCUUUGGUGAAGGAGGGAAUGAAGGAGUUCGUCCAUAAGUACAUUGAUUGCCCGCCCAUCAUACCUCGCUGCAUGUGGGGCGCAGAGCCAUACAGAGGAACCCCCACCAACCUGUCCCUCCCCCUCUCCUUCAUGUUCAUCCACCACACCCACACGCCGAGCCAACCUUGCCUGACCUUCCAGCAGUGCGCCACCGACAUGCGCUCCAUGCAGCGCUUCCACCAGGAUGACAGAGGCUGGGACGACAUCGGAUACAGCUUUGUCGCAGGCUCAGACGGGUACAUCUACGAGGGCCGAAGCUGGCUCCAGCGAGGGGCCCACACCCUGGGACACAACUCCGUGGGCUACGGGGUUUCCUUAAUCGGGGACUACGCCACCAGGCUGCCCUCCCAGCAUUCCAUGGGGCUGGUGAGGGAUCAGCUGGCUUCCUGCGCUGUCGGCGGCGGGAGACUGGUCGCCGACUUCGUCCUGCAGGGCCACAGACAGGUGGUGAACACUUCCUGUCCUGGAGAUGCGCUCUAUGAUGAGAUCACAGGCUGGGAGCACUUUGGGGAGGUCAAGAAAGGAAAAUGAUCUGCUUGGCAAGAGGAAGAGCCUUGAGUGAACCAAAAACUCAACACAAUAAAUAUUUGUUUUAUUCUUAUUGCC